AUGUAUCACACAGUUCGCAUUCGUGAUCUAGCACCACAAUCACUUACGACUGAUUCUAAUCCGCAGCAUACUGGACAUAAACAAGCAAACUCAACUGUAUCGGAACAGUACUGGGCAAAAUCAAUCGAUCAGUCAUCAUAUGGAGAUAAGUAUCGUCAAACUUUCUUCAAAGCAAACGGAUCUCAUACACAUAUUGUAAACAGUGGCCAUGCUCUAUUCGAAGCAUAUCUAGCCGCUUACAAUGCACAUGAAGAUCUUGUAUUAUCACCUGAUGAUAUUUGGCUCAUGAUUACCAUCUACUAUGCUAGCUAUGUUGUUGAUAAUGCAGAACAAAUGCGACAUUUAUUUGUUGACCAUGAAGGAAAGAAGACGCUUGUUGUUGCAAUGAAUACUUUCGAGCCUGAUUGGCCAGCCUUCUUAAACUUGAUGCAAAAACAAAUUGGCACACAUGUGAAGAAUAAUGUCGUUGAUAUGCUCACAUCGAAUUUCUCAACAACAGGCUCUGUCGAGAAUCUUCUCUCAUCGGUGUGCAUCAUGCAUACUUUCAAGAAAUAUUUUGAUUAUGAACAUAUGGUAUGUGGAUGUGGUAUACGAAAUGUACAUUUUAUGGGAACAAUAGAUGACUGGAAUUUACUGAGAAAGAAGGUAGAAGAAUUAAAAGGUUUCACUAUUUUGCCGUCAAAAUAUGAUUCUCCUAAAAGAGAUUUUCGUGUAUAUCUCGAUGGAGUCUUGCCUAUAUUGGAUCAGUUUAUCCAAACGUAUAAAGGUAAUGUAGACAAUAACUUUUGGGAUGGCAUUUUCGAUUAUACAAAAAUAGGUGUGUCUUAUGGUCCUUCAGGCAUUUAUAUGAAGCAAGUAAACGCGAUCCGUGGUUGGUUUCUUCGCCUUUGUUUUGGUUGCCAUUCGCUUGAUGCAAACUCAAAAGCUGUACCUUUAGAAGACAUCGGUUUGAACGCUAUUUCAGUACCCGUGAAAUUGAUCGAUUUACCGAAAGGAGGCAAAGAAACGUCGUGUUAUGUUGUUGGAGGUUUUCAUGGAAUUCACUCAUCCAAAGAUGGAAAGCAUCGACCAGUAAUGAGUCUUGCUGUCUUUGAAAAAGUAGAAAAAGUAGAAAAACAAUCAGUUUUGGAAUCAAGCACAUCCUCUGAAGAUGCCUGGUACUAA